UUGACAAUUCAUACAACCAUGUCAUUCUGAUUUGACAGCUGUAAAUACGGAUAGCUUGUGUAAAGUCAGAUUUUGUCAUUGGCUCGCCCUGUCUGCCUGUCUGCCUAUCUGGUUGUGUGUUGCUGCUACUGCAUCGGAUAUGCAUGGUUUCCAUUUUUAUUAACGCAUCGCAAUUAAUAAAGCCAAAAAAUGGAACCAAAUUUUAUCUGUUUUUCUUCUACAGCAAACACGAUCUAAAUAAAGGUACGUGAAAAAAGUGUGUGCAAAGUGCAGAUGACGAAGCUCGAUAGUGUGAUUGGGGUUACGGAAGUAAAUUUUUCACUCAAAUGUGCAGUUGUGCGUGAUCUAAAAUGAUUCCACUGUGUUAUUUUUUUUGAAUUUUUAAUUAUAAUUUAGAGUGUAUGCAUGAAAAUGAUAAAAAUAAUUAAUUGAGUGCUUAAGAAUACACAUAUGAAUUUGGAAUAAAGAAAAAUUUAAUCGUUCGCAUCCAGCGAAUUCCCGAGAGCAAAAUUUUCGUUUCGUCACGAUUUAUGUACAUAUUCACAAUAUCGACUGGUUUUCGGUAUAAAUAUGUACAAAGUGCGUGUAUAUAGAUAGGAUUUGAACGCAAACGCACGUAGCUUGCUUUGCUUUAUCAUUUCUGUAUAUAUGUACAUAUGUGAACAGUGUAUUCAUGUUAAUUUGUGCGUUGAUUCACAUCUGUAUGUAUUUACAAUGUAAACUAAAUAAACAUCGGCCAUCAGUUAAAUGGAGAACAAAAAAUCUUCAUUAUUUCGAAAGCUCUUCAAGUGGAAUCCUUUGAUGUGUCUGAUGCUUUGUGUGCUAUUAGAUUGUUUAAUUUUUUUAAAAAUUAUUUACAACAAGAUAGACGAAAUGCAUAAUGUAAACAUUAUAUAGUGAUAUUAAGUAUUUGAUAUAGGAUAUUUUAACUUUUUAAUUCUGGGCUUUCAAAACUGUGAAGCGCAUCAUACUGUCGACCAUUGCUUGCUUAUAUAUUUGUAUCUAUCCGAAUGUGCUGUUGAUGUUGCAUUACAUUGCUGCUACCAUCUACGGUAGCAUUGAUAUCAGUAUCGCAAGGUGUACCAUGGUGCAUAUGUUUGUACAUAUGUCAAUGCAAAUAUGUAAAAUGUCACCAACAAUUAAUGCGACAGUUGUUCGGGUUUGAAAACUUCUUUUGUGUCAAGCAAAAUGGACAAGCUGUGAAAAUAUUAAUCCGAGUAUUCUCCCAACAUCAAAGUUAAUAUAAACAGUCAAUGAUGUGAUUCUACACAAAUAACUUUAAACACGGCAUGAAAGUAAUACACAUAAAAUAUAAGUAUACAGUGUUAAUGGAAUAAUAAGAAAAGUUGAUUAUAAUCGUAAAACCUUACUUCUUGUACGCAAAUAAUCAAUGUAGAUAAGGUAAUUUUUAAAAUUACAAUCCAAUUAAUAAAAAUCCACGACAUUCGUAAUCGAAACUGCGCAUCAGCAAGCUAAUACCUAUAACAUAUAUAAAUUAUACGUUCAAACAGUUAUUCUCAUGUAUAUUUGUUAAAACAAUAUCACAUGAAAAUCGAUUGACGUACUCUCAUUUAUUUGGCCUCAGUCUGUGAUGAAAUUCUUGAAGCAACGCUAACAAAAAUAACCAUCUUCGAUAAUAUAUAGCGGGAAUAAAGUGCCAGCUGCAUUUCAACCACAAUACGUUAAUUCACUGAAGCACAGUAAUCUUUAUUUUUCUGAUUAUUGUUGGCUUGAAAUACUAAAAAAUCGAUUACAAUUUCGAAAAGCAAUUAAAAGAGUUUGCAGUGGCGGCUAGUAAGCGCCUGCCUAACCUCUGAUGGCCCUACAACACUACCUCAAACACACAGACAAUUACUGCGUAACUGCGCCAACAGUCACGGCAACAACAGUACCAACCACACAUACAGGAGCGAUAACGCAAGCACAUUUGCAAUUGCAACAUCACGCAACAGCAGUGACAGCGCAGUCUUAUCAACAACAGCAACAAUUGCAACUACAUAAUAUCACCACAACAACAACCACGCCAACACAGGACACCACAACAUUAGCUACAUCAGCCACGGGUCACACUAACGCACAAGCGCAUCAACAAUUACUGGUUCAAUCACAGCAUCGACUAAAACAGCUGCAGCUCAAACAGCCCACUAUACAUCAGCAGCAUAUGACCUAUCAUCACCACCAUCCCUACUAUCAGCAAAGCAAUCAUCAUAAUACUAAUACAUCAGCUGUAUCCAAUACAUUAGCCAACACGGGUGCGGCCAAUCAUAAAUUCAAAAGUGCGCAGCACAACCAACAGAAUUAUAAUCAUAAUCGUACGCUUCCCAUACACGCAUUAAAUCAGAAUUCCAAUUUCUCAGCGGCCAGUUCGAGUACGGGUGGCGGCACAGCCUCCAGUCAUGCGCCAACACAGCAAUCGAAUGCCACCAACUCUAGUCGCUCAUCAGCCGCUAAUGGACAUGCCAACAAUGCGGUGGAUAGUGCCAAAACCGGAGCGGUGGGUGCACAAAUGCGCAGCGGUACAUCAGCAGCCGGUAGCUCGGCUGUUAAUUCGAAAAAAAUCAAAAUAGAACCAGUGCUGUCGCAAUAUCAUCAAACUGAACGUUUAAACUUUGCAAAUUCGCAUAUUGUGUGGGGUGAAGAGCAUUGGCGACGUGUGGUCUUCCAGGAUGAGCGUAAAUUCAAUUUAGACGGUCCGGAUGGCUUCUCCAGUUACUUUCACGAUUUACGUAAUUACGAACAAACGCUUUCGCAACGGCCGCGUGGUAAUUCCGUUUACAUAUAUAUGUUAAUCACCGCCGGUGGCCCAAUUCACAUGGAGGUGUCGACGGCGAAACAACGACCACAAACAUAUAUCGAAACCAUAUUGCGCGAACGACCUAAUAUUAUUACCAAAUUAGGUGGUAAUCCAGAUUUUAUACUGCAAGAUCACAAUUGGACGGCCAAUAUGACGCCGACAACACAAGAAAUGCUCGAUGCCGAAGGAAUAAAAAUGCAACGAUGGCCAACCAUAGCGCACGACCUCAACAUUAUGGAGAACGUCUGGGGUUGGCUAAUACGCGAAGUCUACGAUGGUGGACGCAAGUUUUCGCGCAAGGACGAUCUCAUAUUUCGUAUACGCGCGGCAUGGACGCGUUUACCGAUGGAUUUUGUGGUCAAUCUCUACAGCACACUGCCUGAACGCAUUGCAGAAUUAUACUAUACGCGCGGCAUUUACACAAACUGUUGACGAUGGCAGUGUUAGGAUAGAAUAGUUAAGUUGACAUAGAUCCACGUUGAGCGAGGACGUGAUCAAAACAGCACAAUGGAAGGGUUGCAAAGCAAUGUAGCGCCAAAAAAAGCAGACUGGGGUUGAAAAAAAAUAUGUUUUCAAAAUGUAAACUAAAUAAGGCAGGUCAAAUCAGCCGCAAUAUAAUGGGUAAAAGGUGAAAAGCAAUGAAAGAAAUAUUCACACAGUGUAGCCGAGCAGUUGGUAGCAGCAGACAGUGAUGAUGAGCAUGUUAAACGUGCAGGAUAUAUAUAUAAACUUAAAUAUAUAUACAUGAAAUGUAUAUAUGCCUGUAGCCAAACUGAAACCUCGCAGCUCGACAAAACUUUGUUAUUGUCCGUGUUGGCAAUACUUGUUUAUUGUAUCUGUGCGUAAAUGUAGGCUCAUUGUUUAGACUCUGCCAUUUUAUAAUGUCCCGCAUAAAGACUGCCACGAUGCAGGGACGACGGACGUUUUCAAAUUACAUACCUGAAAUUCAUUUAUUUGUAUAUAUGUGGGAACCAUUACUGAAUUGAAAUUGACUGUAUUCUUUUUAUUUUUUUUUUUUUUUUUUUUAUAAAUCUGUAUAUAAUUACUCAUUAGUGUAAGCUCAACACACCUUCGUGAACAGAUUGAACAAUGUGUUCGAUGUUCCUGCGAAUGUCAUACUGUUUUCAAAUAAUGCACAAUAUUAUUUAUCAUUUUUUUUUUUGAGGGGAAUUCAACUUUGCAACGUUUCAAAUACUUACUGUCACACGAACAAACCUGCAGUUAGCAUGCGUUCACAAAAAGAGAAACACAACAGCAGCAGACAUAUGCUGGUUGCUCUACUAAAAUUCAAGAACUCGCAUAUUUUUUAUAUAUCUUUUAUUUUUUAUUUUGAACGUAUCAAGACUGACUGCGCCUGCUUUACAAUUGCAUAUAUACCUAAAGGUAUAAACAGACGAACAUAUGUUUGAUUGGUUCGUCGGUUGCUUUGUCAACAGGCAGCUGAACCACGAAACUAGUGUUGCACUUAGCACCUGCCUUGCAGCGCAAUUUCCCUCACUUGCUGUUCUGUCCUUCCCCAAUUUGCACGCUGCUAAAUCUCGAACUCCCCGACGCACUGGCAUACGUACAUACAUACAUAUAUAUAAAUACAUAUGUUCUGUGAUAGUUGUUAGUGUGCUUUUGCAUUUUAUUUUUUUAAAUUUUUUUUAACUAAAAAUUGUUUGGUUGUUCUUUUCGUGUAACUCCCGGUAAACUGCGCUUUAUACAAAACAUUAUAUAAUGCAUACAUAAAGAUAUAUAGAUAUAUUAUAUACCUAUGCAUAUGUAUCUAUUGAUAUAGGUUGCAAGAAAUAUUUGUAUGCAUGUUAGAUGGGAUCCUUCUCAUUGUGCUGCAUAGGAGUUCUUUUGUAAAAAGUACUGAAGUAACUGAAGUAUUAUCGGAAAUCUAAAUGAAACAAACAAACAAAAUAAAUAAAAAUUAAUAAUACAA